AUGAAAAGUUCAGGAGUGCUCCGUGCAUACGAAUAUGAGAGUGAUGUAUUGACCAGAGAGCAAUGUGAACAGAAAGCAGAAGGGGCAGUAGGGAAGGAAGAAGGAAUCAGGAGGCGCAGAGAUACAGAGGGUCAAGAAGAGAGACGGGUGAUAGGUAGACAGGAACGAGAAGAAUGGAUGAGUGGUACUCAUGACCAGGCGACUGUUGCAUCUGGAGCUGGAGAAGCUUCGACAGAGACAGAAGCCCCUAUCACGCCAUCUGGUGCCGAGAUCGAACAAGUAGACGACGGCUACCUCUUGCCAAACAACGCAAGCGUGCGUGAAGCCUAUGUGAUCAUCAAUGUCAAUGGUCUUGUACGGAUACAGGAGUCAAUACUGGGCGACUACCUGAGGAAUGUGUUCACAGAACCGGGCGACUACUCCCGAGCGCCCAAAGUGGGCCAGGCUCGAGGCGAGGUGGCCAUUACGUGGCUAGAAAUCAUGCACACCUGUGUGCGUCGUCUGGCGCAGCGUGACCCCAAGCGAGUACCAAAGUGCUUUGUGAUGACCCAGCAUCGCCGACCUGGUCCUAGAUCUGAGAAAGGCGAUGCGGGAGACAAAUGGAAGUGGACAUGGGACAAACACGACGCCGAUAUGCCCUGCCCCAACGUCGACAACACCGAGGAUGUCGGUCCACACCAAUGCCUAAAGGUCGUUGAUGAGCACACUUUGUGGCUCCUCAAUCCCUCACCAGGCGACUUCGAUAGACAAGAGGUGUUCGAUCGUUCGAACCAUGCUCAAGAGAUGGCCGAGGCGGCGCGCAUUGCUGAGGAGUCUGAUUCGGAUGUCGACGAUCUCGGGGGCGAUGCAGCAUACGAUGUGGUCACAUUGCCGGAGUAUCGAUCAUCAUCCCCAGUGGAAAACAGAGAGCAAGGCUACAACGAUACGUCAUCUACAUCCUCACAUGCUCAAGAGACUACUGAUACUGAGGUAUUGCACGGCGGUGAGGCCUCUGAUAGAGGUCAAGUCAACACUACAUCUGGCAGCGCUUCUCCAGGACAUGUCAGGCCUCUCACAGUGGCUAGCGAUUUCGGAGGCGACGCAGCGCGUGAUACAGUCACGCUGGAAGACAACCGUAUGUCCACGCCAGUCGAGAACAGAGCGCAAGGCCACAAUGAUCCGUCAUCAUCGCCUUCUGGAUCUUCUGGAAAGGGUGUUAUCAACCGCGUUCGUAACGCCAGUCGUGAAGUCAGUCGUAAAUUCAAAUCCUUGGGCCGCAGCUCGACCAGGCGAGGCUCAACUCCACCUGAGCCUGGUUCCCUGUCGCAAGCUACAUCUACCGCGGAAGUUGGUCUCGGAAAAAGUCAGCGAGUCUCUCGAAAGUCCCGUACGCCUAUAUGGGAUAUCUUCAUGGGACGUUUGCGUCCUUCAACCACUCCUCCAGAUGCAACUGCUACCUCGGCUCCCGCGCAGCUCCUUCCACCCCUUGAGCAGGGUAUCCCGGAGUUUGGUGAUGUUGUGGGGUUGACAGACCGUAUUGAUAACGUGGAGAUGCGUUCAGCUAUUCUUCCUACUAGAGUUCGUCCAAACCCUGGCCGUGAGCACAGUGCACAAGUUCCAGGAGAUCACUCCGUCUCACUCGAAGCCCGCAGUCCUUCUUCGAUGACCCAAAGACGUCGUAACUAG